AUGUAUCGGAUCUGGAACAUCUACGCGCUUGCUGCCAUUGGCACGAUCGGCGGCAUGCUCUUCGGUUUCGACAUCAGCUCUAUGAGCGCCUGGAUCGGCUCCGACCAAUAUCUUGACUACUUCAACAGCCCAGGCUCAACCGAGCAAGGCGGCAUCACAGCCUCCAUGUCAGCAGGAUCAUUCGUCGGCGCCCUCGUCGCUGGAGGUAUUGCCGAUAAGCUUGGUCGACGAAAGGCUCUCAUGAUCGCUUGUCUGUUCUGGAUCGCGGGUGCUGUUCUUCAGUGUUCUGCGCAGAAUGUGGCGCACCUUAUCGUUGGUCGUGUUGUGAGCGGUGUUGCUGUUGGUAUUACGAGUUCGCAGGUCCUUGUGUACCUUGCGGAACUUGCGCCUUCGGAUAUUAGAGGGAGAAUUGUUGGAAUUCAGCAGUGGUCUAUUGAAUGGGGUAUCUUGAUUAUGUAUCUCAUCUCUUACGGAUGCUCCGUUGGAGUUGAUGGACCAGCUGCCUUCCGCAUCGCAUGGGGAAUCCAAGCCGUGCCAGGCUUCAUCCUCCUGGCUGGCCUGUUCUUCUUUCCUGAGUCACCUCGAUGGCUUGCCCAGCACGAUCGCUGGGAAGAGGCGCAUUACAACCUUGCCCACCUCCACGCUGGCGGCGACCUCGACAGUCCAGUUGUGAUCGCCGAGAUGGAAGAGGUCCGCGAAGCUGUACGCAUCGCUCGUGAGUCCAAGGAUAUCGGCUAUCUCGGCCUCUUUGCGCCUGGAGUCUGGAAGCGCACUGUUGUUGGUGUGAGUGUCCAGAUCUGGCAGCAACUUCUGGGCGGAAAUGUCAUGCUCUACUAUCUCGUCUACAUCUUCAACAUGGCUGGAAUGACUGGAAACACCGCUCUAACAUCCUCCAUCAUCCAAUACGUCAUCUUCCUCGUAACAACCGGCAUUGUUCUGCCCUACAUCGAUCGUCUCGGCCGCCGACCUCUCCUCAUCAGCGGAGCAUUGAUCUGCGGUGUCCUUCACUUCACCAGUGGGGCUGUCAUGGCUGUUCACGGCUACCCCGUUGACGGUAUCGAAGGUAACGACAUCCUUACUUGGGCCAUUUCAGGAGCUCCCGCCAAAGCAGUCAUCGCCCUGGCAUACAUCUUUGUGGGCAUCUACGGUCUUACCUGGGCACCUGUUGCAUGGAUCUACGCCAGUGAAGUCUUCCCCCUAAAGUACCGAGCCAAGGGUGUUGGCCUCGCCGCCUCUGGUAACUGGAUCUUCAACUUGGCACUCGCCUUCUUUGUCCCACCGUCGUUCACAAACAUCCAGUGGCAGACAUACAUGAUCUUCGGAACAUUCUGUAUCGCCAUGACGUUCCACGCUUUCUUCACUUAUCCUGAGACAGCACGCAAGACCCUUGAGGAAGUUGAUGUUUUGUUUGAUAGUAACGUGCCUGCUUGGCGAAGUGCAAAGGCUAGUGGUGGGUUUGAUGAGAAGGUUCAGGAGGCGAGGCGCACUGGUGGUCUGAAGGGGGAGCUUGAGGAGAGGGAGGCGACUCAUGCUGAGACUGCGUAA